CCCUGAAUACAUCGGUUCUCUAAUCAAACCAUUUUACCUCAAUCCAUCAUUAUGGCCACCGCAUCACCCAUCCCGCCAGCUCCUGUAGCAGAAAUCCUUAUUCCAAACGCUCCAAAGGCACCAGUUGACAUCAAGACUGAGGAAGUGGCCCAAGAGCAAGCCCUUCCGUUCGACCCUGCAAAACUCCAAGAAAAGUAUAUUGCGGAGCGUGACAAACGUCUAGCCCGGGACCAAGGCGUGGAGCAGUACAUCCCUCUUGACGGACCCUUGUCUCACUUUCUCAAAGAUCCAUGGGUCAAGGAACCCAUUCAGCGUGAACCUAUCGUGGAGGAGGUCGAGGUUGUUAUCAUCGGUGGCGGGUAUGGAGCCCAAGUGGUGGCUGUCAGGCUGAUCGAGGCUGGAAUCAACAACUUCAAGAUCAUAGAGAAGGCAGGGGACUUUGGUGGAACAUGGUAUUGGUGCAGAUUUCCAGGAGCUGGUUGUGAUAUAGAGUCGUACAUCUACAUGCCUCUGUUGGAGGAAGUGGGUUACAUGCCUACGGAAAAGUAUGCUCACGCAAAAGAACUAAUAAGUCAUGCACGUAGGAUUGGAGAGAAAUUUGAUCUUUACACUCGCGCGUUGUUCCAGACCGAAUGCAAGGAGAUGCGUUGGAAUGAAGAAGAAGGUAUGUGGACUACGCAUACCGAACGAGGGGACAAGAUCAAGUCUCGCUUCAUCAUUCCAGCCGCCGGGCCUCUUCAUCGACCUCAGUUUCCAGGGUUGGAGGGCAUUCAAGACUUCAAGGGCCAUUCCUUUCAUUCUUCGCGAUGGGACUAUGAUUACACCGGUGGUGACCCAACUGGCAAUCUGGAGAAGCUGAAGGACAAGCGUGUUGGCAUCAUCGGCACAGGUGCAACAGCGGUUCAGAUUGUUCCUCACCUUGGCAAAUGGGCCAAACAGCUCUACGUGUUCCAGCGCACACCAUCCUCUAUCGACGUCCGCGCGAAUGGACCUACAGACUAUGAGUGGGCUAAAUCGCUGAAGAAAGGUUGGCAGCAGAAGCGUAUGGAUAACUUCGACAGCGUCCUCAAUGGACGCAAUGAAAAAGAAGACAUGGUUGCUGAUGGCUGGACUUCCAUUUAUCGCACACUCUUCAAUGUCGACUCUAGCAAUCCCGUCGAUACCGCCGCCGAGCUUCAGCUAGCAGACUUCAAGAAGAUGGAACAGGUUCGAGCACGGACAGAUGAAAUCGUCACAGACAAGGACACUGCCGAUGCGCUUAAGCCCUGGUACCGACAGUUCUGCAAGCGACCAUGCUUCCACGAUCAAUACCUGCAAACGUUCAAUCGAGAGAAUGUAAAGCUUGUCGAUACACGAGGGCAGGGCGUGGAUCGCAUCACAGAGAAGGGCGUCGUCGCUAACGGCAAGGAGUACGAGAUCGAUUGUCUGGUCUACGCCACUGGAUUCGAGGUCGCGAAUGAGUGGUCGCACAAGUCUGGUAUGGAAAUCUACGGUCGCAACGGCCUCAGUGUUACCGAGAAGUGGAAGGAAGGCGCCUCGACGCUACACGGAUGGUCAAGUCGGCAAUUUCCUAACUGCUUCUGGGUACAACUCACCCAAGCUGUUCUGACGCCCAAUGUCAUGCACAUUACUGGCGAACAGGCAAAACACUUUGCAUACGUCAUUUCGGAAUGCAAGAAGCGGGAUAUAAGAACUAUUGAGCCGACGCAAGAAGCCGAAGAAGACUGGACCAAUAUCAUCGUUCAGGGCACUGCUACUCGUGGUGAGUUCUUGAAGGAAUGUACCCCCGGGUACUAUAACUACGAAGGAAAACCUACUCUUGCUGCGGCUCGCAAUGCCCAAUAUGCUGCUGGCAGUAUAGCCUUUAUCAAGACUCUUACGGAUUGGAGGAGUUCGGGUAAUCUGGCUGGCCUGGAUGUCAAGCAUUUUCCGCAAAAGAGUGAAGGGCUCGCCCUUAAUGGUGCCCAGGUCGCUGAAGUGGCCAAAUAGGGUGAGCACCUCAUUACCGACGAUAUAUGCAUCACUCAGCAUAUUGGAGAGAGCAAGGCAGGACUCCUUAUUCAGCAGUACCCUGAUCUUCAGGCUAAGUACCAGGUAGAGCUUGACUAUCUUCUCAGAUUGCAAAAAAAGGAGUUGGUCGAUGGCAGAGCAUUUGUUCGAGAUAGGGU